GCUAAUGCCGCAUGAAUCAAAAUCAUGUCUGAUCAAAACUAAAUAGUUUAAUUGCCAAUUCAGAUCAGCUGUUUGAUUCUCUCCGCGUACUUACACAUAAGUGAUCUAAGAUUUUCAGGAAACAAAAAUUGAUAUAGUUGGAAGUUUGGUGCCUCUUCGAUAAUUGUAAGCUGAGAGGGAAGAACCGCAAUUUUUUGCAUAAACCCUUGUGGAUUUUCACCAUAUUAAGCUGAAAAAUACGAUUAUUUUUUGUGGAAUCAGUCGGGAAAGUGAGUAAUUAUACUCGGAGUCAAGCGCGUCCCAUUGAAAUUGUUAAAGAUUGUGCCCCAUUUGUGUUCCCUUUUUGAAUCUUGUGGGGGCAUCGCAAAGCUGGUAUGACAUGGGUUUUGGGUAGAAAUUGGAAGAACCCAUUUCAGAAAGUGCUGGUUUUGGUGGAGAUUUGUUGUGUUUCUUGAUGGGACUUGUGUUAGUACUGAGGUGAAUAUUUUUUUGGUUGUUUUUUGAGAUUUUCUUGGAGGAGAGAUUACUGUUUAUCUGGAGCAGGGAGAGAAAUGUUCUGGAGGGGAAGAGAAAGGGAGAACAAAGAGCAGAAUGGUGGGCCUCCUUGUGGACAGGUUAGAGUGCUUGUUGUUGGGGACUCAGGUGUCGGGAAAACUUCUCUAGUUCAUCUGAUUAUGAGAGGUUCUUCCAUUGCUCGUCCUCCUCCAACAAUUGGCUGUACUGUUGCUGUGAAGCAUAUUACUUAUGGAAGUUCUGGAAGCUCAUCAAAUAGCGUCAAAGGUGACACAGAAAGAGAAUUUUUUGUUGAACUCUGGGAUAUAUCAGGACAUGAAAGAUACAAAGAUUGCCGGUCUCUCUUCUAUAAUCAAAUUAAUGGUGUUAUCUUUGUCCACGACCUUUCUCAAAGAAGAACAAAAACUAGCUUGCAGAAGUGGGCUGCUGAGAUUGCAGCAAAAGGGACAUUCUCAGCUCCUUUAGCAUCUGCAGGGCCUUGCGGCCUUCCUGUCCCAUACAUUGUUAUAGGAAAUAAAGUUGAUAUUGCUUCGAAAGAAGUCACACGAGGGAGCAGCGGUAAUCUUGUUGAUAUAGCUCGCCAGUGGGUUGAAAAGCAGGGUUUACUUCCUUCUAGUGAGGAACUUCCUUUAACUGAGAGUUUUCCUAGUGCUGGAGGCCUUCUAGCAGCUGCCAAGGAAGCAAGAUAUGACAAGGAAACGCUGAUAAAAUUUUUUCAAACGUUAAUCAGGAGAAGGUACUUCUCAGAUGAAUUGCCUGGUGCAAGCUCAUGGUCAAUUAACCGGCCGUUGCAACAAUCAAAUGAAAUUUCAAGCGAUGACGACCAGCUUUAUCAAAGUCCAAGCCUGAUAAACAACCAUCCAUACAAGCAUACCACGCUUCAUCCCCUUCCGGCUCAGCGCAACCUGACACCACCUCCCACACUUUAUCCGCAGCGGCCCAUGUCAACACCAGAGAACUACAACAUCCCAAGAUUUGCUUUGACGAGUUCCCAUGAUAUCGCCAGCGCAAGAUCAAGGCGCAUGGACAUUAACGUCUGAUCCUCACAAUCAGCUUUUUCUUUUGCUUCAUUGGGAACUUGUUCAACUGCAGUGUAUAUGUGCUUUUAUGUUUCAUAUUUCUCUAUCCCCAUACCAUUUCUGGGUUAUAAUACAUCUGGAUGACAAAUACUCGUAUAUUAUGGCAAAGUUUCUUUCUUUGUUUUUU